AUGGUUUACAAACCACCGGGCACCUCCCCGUCAAUGACGAGGGCGAGAACGGGUGGGAAAAGCCCAUCGCCUUCCUCCCAUGGUCAAUCGCCAGCGUCCCGCGGGGGUUCGUUUCGUGGCGGCGGCAUCUAUAACUCUAAAUCUGUGUCUAGCCUCAACAAUCAAAGAGAUACUACGGGUGGAACAACACGUGGCCGAAAUGGCGAAAAAUUCACAAUUGGUAAAAAAGUGAACAAUAAUUUAAAAACGGCUGACAGCAGUAGUAGUGGUGGUGGUGGAAUGAAACGAUCGAGUAGUUUAAAUAAUAAAAACAACAGGUCGAAUAGUGUCGAAAGGAUGAAUAACGGGAAAGUUUACCGGGGUCCUAGCCCGAUGCGGAAUUCUCUGUCGAACCUCCAGCAGCACCAGCCGGCUAAGAAUCAGCCCUUUCUCGUCCGUUCUAGAGGAAAUGAACGUGGCAGCAUUGAUAACCUGGACAAUAUCACGCAGUCUUCAAACGGGAGUGGAAGCUCACUUCCGGGAACCCCGGAAGAUAACAUCAAUGUCGUCGUACGAGUGCGCCCACUUAAUGUUCGAGAGACACGAAACGGCGAUGAUAUGGUUGCUCAGUUUCCCGGAAAUGGACAAAUCUUGUGCGACGGCAUUCCGGCAACUCUAGGAAACGGUGGUCAGAAACCCAAACUUUUCUCCUACAACGUAGUCUUCGAACCGGGUGCAACCCAGGAUGAUGUGCUGCAGUUUUCCGGCAUCAAACGGUUGAUCGAAAUGGCAAUCGAAGGAUUCAGUUGUACGGCGUUUUGCUAUGGCCAGACCGGCUCAGGAAAAACACAUACUCUCACUGGACCGCCUGAGUUGUUCUACGGCAAACCGGAUCCCAAACACGAAAGCCAUGGGUUGGUAUUUAGAUCGUUUUUGUACCUGUUCAAGCUGUUGAAGGAACGAAAAGAUACCAAUUUCGUGCUGAAAGCAUCCUUUCUGGAAAUCUACAACGAAAAGGUAAUUGAUCUUCUCAAUCCCGGAACGGCACGAAAGCCGCUGGCUGUUCGAUGGUCGAAAAAAUCACGAGGUUUUUUCGUGGAAAACCUCUUCACUGUGGAUUGCGAAGAACUGGAUGAUCUACUGGCAGUCCUGGAGGAAGGCAUGCGGAAUCGUUCCGUCGGGUGUCACUCGAUGAACGACUACUCGUCCCGCAGUCACACAAUCUUGACCGUCCACAUUACCUCCGAGCAACAGGCUGAGGGCGGCGUGUUUAUAUCAAAGCAAGGAAAAAUAAACUUUGUCGAUCUGGCGGGCAGUGAAAUGACGAAAAAGACUCACAGUGAGGGAAAAACGCUGGAGGAAGCGAAUAACAUCAACAAAAGUUUAAUGGUGUUGGGUUACUGUAUAGCAUCAUUGAGUGAUUCGAAGAAGCGCAGUGGUCACAUCCCCUAUCGAGACAGUAAACUCACGAAACUUCUGGCAGAUAGUUUGGCCGGAAAUGGCGUCACUCUGAUGAUUGCUUGCAUUUCACCCGCUCGGUCGAACAUAACCGAAACGUUGAACACGCUUCGCUAUGCAGCACGUGCAAAGAAAAUCCGCACGAAGCCGAUAAUAGUGAUGGAUCCUCGGGAAGCGUUAAUACUUAGUCUGAAACGGGAAAUCGGAGCUCUGCAGGUAGAAAAUGAACACCUUCGAACAACUCUCAAUCUACAAUCGGAGUCCGCCGAAAUUGGCAGUCAUUUGGAUUUCUUCGAAAGAAGACCAAUUCCAAGAACACCACCCAAGCUGGACCUCGAGAAGCUCACCGAUAUGGAGGGUAAUGAGCUCAAAGAUCUUGUCAAAGUGUACAUGCUGGAAAAUCAAGCACUCAGGCAGGAAAAUUCGGAGUUAUAUUCAACCCGAGAAAUGAUAAUGCGUGAUCAAGAGGUGGUUUGCCGUGAAAACGAAAGACUGCUGAAAAAGCUAGAGGAUGUAAACUCAGUUUGCUGUCGAUCUCCUAUCAUCCCGGCGAGACCAACCUUUUCGGCGGAAAUGCUGAACCUCUCCGCCAGUGGUGAAGAUAUUUCCAAUGUUUGGCAGAAUGCUCUCAGUAUCAGCAGUGAUAGCGCGGGCAGUGUGUCUAAACUCAAGACUGAAUCGCUGGACGGGAGAGUAUCGGCUAAUGAGAAUAAAAUUCCCGAGCUACUGCAAAAGGAGCUGGACAAGCGAAGAAUUGGGGAUAGUAUUACAACAAUUGCAAAUAACCUCAAAAGACACAACUCUUGGGAAAAUAAUCGUUCUCAGAACGUCAAGCUCUCCUCAAGGAAAGGAUCUGCCGAUAGUAGACAUUCGGAUCAUUCACAGAGAAGAACUUCUCAGACACGAAUAAUAGACCUUAAAUCUUAUCCAUACAUGUCUGAUAGAGUCGGUUCCUCCUGGUCGCUGACCACUAGAAGACCGGGCAGUAAUACAAGUAUCAGUACAGUUAGGCACUCGCCUGGUCUGCCGCAGCGGAAACAGAAUAUUUUCAUUACCAAGAGCCAAUCCACCGAUGGAGGCUUACUGCCGAUGAAGCGAAACAUCUUCGGUAGUCUUGUAUCGCUCAAUGGAAUCGAUAAUGGCCUUUCGCUAAAUUAA